CAAUUUUCUGGCUGCUAAUGUAGAAUUAACCGCCUCCAACAUUGUGAAUUCUUCGUAAUUCUAACCUGUUCUGACUGAUUUUUCUGGAGAGGUAAAGUAAGCCUAUAUAGUUCUCCGUUUAGUGUCGCCAUAUUGUAUUCACAAAACCAGAACGUUAAUGCCAAUGCCAUUGAAGUUUCAGGACUACUACGCACUUUACGUAACUAGACAGUACUCACAGUAAUGGCGUCUGUGCUAGAGAAGCUCUGUGGUCUAUCAACAUGAAGCGAAGGAGGGGUUCCUUAUAGCAAUUUCAAGCCUUUCCCAAGGUUUCUUUGAGCAGGCUAUAUAACAAUAGCAUCGGCCUUCUCAAGUGAUUCGAAUUUUAAUUUUCUCGUACGAAAUGAUGAAGUUGAAGUCGAACCAGACUCGCACCUACGACGGAGAUGGCUACAAGAAACGCGCCGCCUGUUUGUGCUUCAGAAGUGAGAGUGAGGAGGAGGUGUUGUUGGUGAGCAGCAGCCGACAUCCAGACAAGUGGAUUGUCCCUGGCGGGGGAAUGGAACCUGAGGAAGAACCUAGUGUUGCUGCAGUUCGGGAAGUGUGUGAGGAGGCUGGAGUCAAGGGGACGUUAGGCAGAUUAGUAGGAAUUUUUGAGAACAGAGACAGGAAGCACAGAACAUAUGUCUACGUCCUCAUCGUCACAGAGGUCUUGGAGGACUGGGAGGACUCUUUGAAUAUCGGGAGAAAAAGGGAAUGGUUUAAAACAGACGACGCACGGCGUGUGCUGCAGUGCCACAAGCCUGUGCAGGCCUCCUACUUUGAGGGCCUCCAGCAAGACUGCCUGACCAGCAAUGGGACAACCCUCGUAGCCACCUACAACAUCAAUCAGAGCUCCCUCUCGGGUAUCAGAUAACUAGUACAACUACAACAAGCACAAUAGCAAACAACUAAACAACAACAAGAAAACUUCUGGAAAGGCCUCCAAUUCUCUACUCUUUUUUUUCUUACUUAGCCCAGUUCCUCUCUCUCUCCUCCUCUUCUUCUUCAUUCUUCCGCUACUCUUCGUACUACUAGUACUACUUCCUAUUCUGUUUCUUAAAAAAAAGAGAAGAAAAAAAAAACUGCAAGUACACACUGAGUACAACACAACAGCAAAAGAUGUUUGCCUUGCCAGCCUACUGGUGCCAGCGUGAACGUACUGACUUCGUGCUGGACGAAGACGUUAUUACUUUGUAAAUGGAAUGUUAAGCAUUUUUUUCUUGCCCUUUUUCUCCUUAUGAAUAAUUGCAUGAAAUGACUCCCUAACACCCUCUUUAAGCCCCCCGCCCCAUGUCCCAAACGCAAGGUUUGUUGAAUGCAACUUCUGUGUUACUGUCGUGUUAUAAAGUAGUGGUAUGAACCUAAUGCGUUAUGAACAGACUUUUAUAGGGUCUUUUAAGAAUUUCAUGUUCUGUUUUUUUCUUUUUCUUUUUUUUUGUCUUGUUUAUUUUUUCCCUCCAAUCUCCUGUAGAUAUGCUCUUCGUAUGUACGAGUGAAUGGGUUCCUGGGGAAGUGAUUGCUUUUUUGUUUGUUUGUUUUGUUUUGUUGUUGUUGUUGUUGCAUGAGCACGGGUAUUCAAUUGUCUUACUAUAAAAAGCAAGUCUUAUAUUUGCAGUAUGUGAUUGGAGAGCAAAUAAGAUUGUUGUGCACAUCUAAGUCCUCUGACGCUAACUGGACAUUUAGAAUUGGAUUGAAGGUAGUAGAGGGUCAUUUUUUUUUUGUUGUUGUUGUUCUAAACCCUCUCCAAAUUUCUUGCUGGCUCUUAACUUGGCUUUUGCCAUAAAUCAGUCCCAAACAUCUGAUCCAUGCCACUGGUUUGGUCAGUUUCGGUUCAGUCCCUCUCUUUAGUUGCCUCUUACAGUAUUAUUCAAUCACAGUGUACACUUUUGUAUUGAGGAGGGUGCAAAGAAAUUGUUCAUUAAAUGAUAUCAAUAUUUAUUUAGCUGUGAAGGGUUUCAGAAUGCCACGCACCCAAAUACAAGAUGUCCACAGUGGUAUUACUAAGGUUCUUCGUUGUGUGUAAUCCUAGGUUUUUCAUUACUCAAUUUGAUGGCAUUUGGUUGAAAAUGGAUGUGGGGAAGAAAAAAACAUUACUGGAGUAAUGAGUCAAUUUAGUACGGAUACACAAUUUCAUCCCUGACCAUUUAUGUCAUCAGCAAUUAGCUGGCUUAAACCCAUUUCUUAAUCCUGCUCACUUGACAUAAUUGACAUGCAUUCUUCAUUCAUUAUUUUCUUGACCUAAUUACUUUUAGGUUCUUAUUCCUAAAAGCAGAAAUGCACACCAUGACCGCCAUUGCUUUGUUCUAGAAUCUGUUUUUUUGACUGAAGUAGUUAUAUUCAACCGGCAAUCCUAUUCAGAUUCUAAAUCAUUUUGAGGACAACAAAAAACAAACAAACAACAACAACAACAACAACAACAAAGUACAUCGAUAGCGAUGAGCCUUAUGUAUCUUUCAGAUCCAUUGAUUGGUUAGGUCCUUUUUCUACCCCCUGUGCGGGCAGGACGUAGGAGGUGCUGGGCUUGCGCGGUAUGUUUGUUGCACGGUAGGUGCUGCAUCUUCAACUUGCACCCGCAAAAAAAACAAUGCCUCUGCACAAUCUACACAGUCUUGGUCCUCACUUGAAACCUCCACCCCUCCACAUUUAACUCAUGUACUUAUCUGUAGCAUAAUUAUUUAUUUAUUUUAUUAGUAUUACAAUGAUUAUGGCAGAUGAUGAAGAUUUACUUGUCUACUAUUACGUGACCACUUGGAGCAUGUGUGUGUGUGUGUGUGUGUUUGAUGGUAUUUGUGUGUGUGAUCGUGUGUGUGUGUCUGUGUGUGUGGCUUGGAGAGGUGUAUGUUGGUUAUGUGUGCUCAUGCCAGGGAAACGGGUGAGAGGGCAGUGGACUCGCUGCGGGGUUAAAGCACUCGGCUGUGUUUUAGUCUUCUCACUUGGCACAUGAUGGGAAUAUACACAGUUUGCUUUUUACGUGGUUUCAGCCAUUUUGAUAUUCAAAUCAAAUGUUUACACUGUGAUUGUAGUAGUCUCCCAUCGAACACUGGAUAUCUCUGGUUAUUUUGACUAGAUACAUUUGAUCUCUUGGAAGGCACUUUUCUUAUUUUUGUCUUAAAAGCAUUUCUAUUAUUUUGUUUUUAAUUUACUUUUCUUGAUGGAUCAAAUGCUUAUGUGGAUGCCCUCCUCAAACAUAAACUGAUUUUUGAAUUUGACUUUUCUCCACAUCUUAACCAUAUUACAUAUGGUUUAUUGCGUCAAAUUGUUAAUUUGAUUUUAGCCUGUCUGUUCUGAAGUCGAAAGGAAUGAAGAUUAACAUGAGCUUGUAAAAUAAUAGCCCAACUAAAUUUUGUUUGUCACCGCUUAUGCAGUUAUAACUGCCCUAUAUAGUCCAACUGCUGCGUAGAGUGUAACAGUCCCAACAUAUUAUCAACUUGUGAAGGAGACUUGUCUUGCUAAGUUUGGCACUACCUAUACUGAUAAAGACAAGCCCAUGCCAUGUCUGAAGGCAGGCCUGUAAUUCCAUUGCAUUCAAGUUGCAGCUGUACCAUCUCCUAUCCACUGCAGUCGAUGCAGUCAGGCUGUUGUGAACCGUUCCCAACCACCCACUUAUGUUUCUCAAGAACGUUUUAUUUAAAUGAGCUGAAAAUAAAUAAAUAAAACAAGACGGCACAGAAAAGAACAUUUAAAUGAUCACUUGACAUCUGUUUGUGUUAAAAUGUAGUUUUACAUUUCAAUAUAGAGUCAGCAAAGAUUUUUAAAGGGGUAAAUUGAUCUUGUACCAUAGGUUUCAAGCACAUUUCAUACCCAGGCGCAAAAAGACUAUUCCUAUUUAGUGAGGAAAUAUGAUGGAGGCAAUACACUAAACCAUUGUCUCUCUCUAAUGGUUCCAUACAAAUAUUGCCAUGGCGGGGUGCUGGUGAGAUCUGUAAUCUACUUCACCUUGAGAUCCAAAUAUCCCUUUGGCUCCCUUAUUGUUGGUCCAGUAUUUCAAAAGAUGGGAAAUAUGUAAGCUGAAUUAUGACCGCUGUAAUCAAUGUCAUGCAACAUCUUGACAGAGGAGACAUUCUUCAAAUGUUUUACCUCAAGACAAGUCAUUUUAAAAACAAAGCAUUCAGCAUAGCAAUGGGAAAUAGUGUUUUUUAUUUUCUUCAGUCCAUUAUUCCAUCCAUCAUUUACUCAUCCCAGUAGAGCCCAGUAUACGCUUUCUGUUGUCAAUUACCUACAAACAAAAUGCAAAACACAAUCGAUUGUUAGUGCACCUUUCCUUCCUACUAGCCGUAGAAUUUAAUGGUGACCAACUCAAUCCUCAGUUUGUGCUGAAUUGACCAGCAGAAUCCAUUUAUGAGUAACCAGGGGUCUGAGGUUUAGUAGAUGUUCAUUUCUGAUUUUUUAUUUUUUGUAUUCACCAUUCUUUAAUACAAAGUAUUGGACGUUACUUUAACAUAGACAUUUUAAUAUAAUGAUAAGUAAUGUAUCUAAUCAACUGUGAAACAUACCAUCCGAGGUUUUUAACUUGACAUCACAUUCAGUUGAAUCAAAUUAAGAGCAGUAUAAAAUACUGACAUCUACAGGAAUACAGUGGACAGUGCAUAGUAUAUAUUGAAGGAGCCACUUCAUUCAAAUCAACUAAGAUACAAAUGUGCCAAUAAGCCCCUUAUUUGUAAGCACUCAGAAGCAGAGCAGUUCUGUUUCAUACUGGCGUGGUAAACCAGACCUACUCAUAAAAUUCCUUUUUUUCACCCUUCUCAUCUGUUUCGCCAGAACACCACCCUGAGGGAUUCUAAUGAAGCCUGCUUUUAGGAGUCCCUUGUUUUGCAUAUUUUUUCUGAAAUCCAUGUGGUCUUUCUCCUGAACAGGUUGCACUGUUUCAAAAGUGACCAGAUAUAACAAGGAGUUUGUAAAAUAGAACGCUUGAAUCUCGUCAAGAAUGUGAAGUCAUUGGUUGCUCCAAUCAGAUAACAAUGAGGUUAUUUUAAGAAAUUCCACCUGUGUUGCAGGUUUUUGCUUAAUUUGGCAAGCAUAAUCCAGGAUUCAGCAAGUUUCAGUUUAUUGGUUGAUCAUAAGAAGCAGUAUGACGACCUCAGUUGCAAAACUUGAAUACACCGCAAACAUCUGACGCACACGUGUCAAAAUGACAAAAGUAGCAUUUUGUAACAUUGCAGAUUGUCAACUAUCAGAAUAUGAAUUAUUGUGGUUGUAAUCCACCUUUUCCCAUCACAUUAAAUGCUGGGUCAAUAUACCAACAAAAUAUACUCCCUUUGCGCCAGUCAGAGUGACUGAACACAUUGUACAGUCUGUAUAAACUGGGUCCUCCAUUGUUGACCUAAAUAAAAAUGGUCAUCCGCAAAACCAUAGCUGUCACACACUGAUCACACAGCUGUCCUCAUAGCCCGUCUGCCUUUGUGAGCACCAUGUCGGAAAUGAAGUGACAGUCAAAAAGACCUGUCCUACCUGCAGUUGUGUUGCCAUCCUUGUUAGCAGCUGUGCUGUGCUGUAGACUCUUUGGGAGAGGAACUUCAAUUGAAUGGUGACAAAAGGCCCCUUUAAAAACUGAUUCAGUGAUGCAGGGUGACCUUAGGACCUUGGCUUUCUCAGUUUGGAUAAAGUGGUACCACACCCCCAUUUAGGGAUUAGAAAAUUGAGUAAUUUGUUCAUCCUGAAGCAAUUUUCUCUCCUAAUUCACUGUUGUGUUGCCCUGUUGCCAGCUAAUCUGGCUGAAGGACAAGUUUGACAUAUCCAUGAAUUAUUUCACUGAAUUAGUUCAAGUACCCUUUCAACAACAAUCUGUCAGCUGGAAAAUGUAAUAAUUGCAGAACUCCUAAUCCCUUUUUUAUUAUUAUUGUAGAUUACAGAUCAAACUGUUAUGAAAA